AUUUAAGGUUAAAGUAUAUACAUGCAAAUUGUCAAAUUAUUUCUAGUUUAUUAUGACUUGCUUAUUAACACAACAUAAAUUUGAAUGCCGCGUCAGUUCAGUUUUGAAUAAAAAUAAUCGAUCAUAUGGGAAAAAUUAUAUGUUUGACAAUUCUCCUGACACAUGUUGGAACUCUGAUGCGGGAACACCACAAUGGAUAAUUAUUAACUUUGAACAAGAAUGUGAAGUAAAUUCCUUUGAAAUUGAAUUUCAAGGAGGAUUUGCUGGCAAAAAUUGUCAUCUAGAGAUUGGUGAUAAGGAUACUGAGGUUUUUGAAUUAUUUUAUCCUGAAGACACAAAUACAUUACAAAAAUUUUAUUUAAAGACACCUGCAAAAGCAAAAUUGUUUAAAUUUGUAUUUAAUGAAAGUACAGACUUCUUUGGUAGAAUAAUCAUAUAUAAAUUAGCUUUGUAUUCAUAACAUAAAUUUAACAUACUUUUUAAAUGAAAUAAAUAAAACUAAAUACUACAAGUUUUAU